UGUUCCGUGCAAAAAUCACCCGCCCCCACCCGCAUCCCGCUCCCGUCGGUCACUGCCUCUGCACUGGCAGCUCCACAUGCACCCGCAAACUGCACUUGUUUAUGUUUUUAUUCAUCUUUUUUUUAAUAUCCAAAGAAGUGAUCAACUAUGGAAAAAUUGACUUAACCGGACUUGAUUUGUGCCAAGAUCAAAAGGAUUCGAACCUAAGGAGGUGAUCAAUAUGGCUGACGGGGCCAAAACUGCCACUGGGCCCCCGGCAGCAGCAACCGCAGCAGCAUGUGGCUCAGUUAAGUCCAAAGCAGUGAUGGUGCUGAAUAAACUACGAGUGUCUGUGGAGCUGCUCGUUGCUCUGGCUGCUCUCUUGUGCUGGCUGACGGUGGGCGUGGUCAUGUUUGACUUUGUGGAGUACAAGGCAGUACCAGACAUCCAGCACAUCAUGUCCGACCCGCUCCAAGCUGCGUACGACGCUGCGGAUGAAGUGUCCAAUCUCGCCAGCAAGUUCCAAGAAUGUGCGCCCGACUUAAGCGACCCAAUGUCCGCAGCCACCUACGCGCUGGAUGAAAUAGCCCAAGCCAAAGACAAAUUUGUGCAACAUUUCUCAGAUGAGAAUGAUGUCUUCUACCUGAGCUACGUGGAUCCGGUGCCGCUAGGCAGAGGACUCUUCCAUUCCACCAAUGACUUUGCGUGCGGGGUGGCGGCGUCCCUCAGGGACACGUUUUGUGCCGCUCUGGAUGCCGUGUUGCAUUUAAGUCAAGGUUGGUCAACUACUCCUAAAAUGAUUAUUGCACAAGACAACACUUCAAUGUCAUUUUUAAUGCUGAUGUGCAAGUCUACUUGA